AUGUCCCAGCCAAACCAAGGCAUGCAGCCCAUGAUGCAAGACCAGCAGGCAGCGCCCCCUCAGGAGCAGCCCAGCGGUAGCAACGGGAAUUAUUACCCUCAAGACAGCGAUUUGACUGGUGGUCUUCCUAUUAACCUCGAUUCCCUUCGAGAUGGACCACCAGGCAGCAAGCCUUUCUACCCCUACUCGACGCUCAUUCGAUACGCCAUCAAGGGCUCGCCCAACGGUAAGCUCCUGCUAGAGGACAUUUACUAUGCGAUCGAGUCGAGAUUCCCCUACUUCAGAACUGCGCCAAGUGGUUGGAAGAACUCUGUCCGCCACAACCUCUCCCUCAACCCAUGCUUCGAGAAAGUUCCCCGUCCCCUCACCGACCGUGGGAAAGGCUCUUAUUGGACCGUCAACGAGAACGUUGACCCACGGACGGGCGUCCAUCGGAUUCGGAAAAAGAAAAACAAGAAGCGUGGUUCCUCUGAGCCAGAUGCGGAGUAUCGUCCAGCUGAACAACCAGCCCAGCAACCGCCUCCUCCACCGCCUGCGCCACAGCAUUUCGAAGACCCCCAUGCUGCAGCGGCUGCUGCUGCCGCAGCCGGUGCUCACCCUCAGUUCGUCCCCCCUCCGACCAUAGCGACGGACGAUGCGAACGCGAGCAGACAGCCACCUGCGCCAUAUCCGCCCGCAUACCCUCCUCCUCUCACGUUUGAUCCCAGCUUCCCCAUGAUGGGCAUGCGAUUCCCGCCCGUUGCUGGUCCUGUGCCUAUAUCGCCUGACGAGAGCUUCGAGGUCGACGAACAUGGAAACAUUAAUUGGAGACUGGCCUGGCUGAAGGAAAUCGGACAUCUCCAACAGGUUACUCAGGAACAGGAGAAGGCUGGCGCUGAUCAGGAGUGGUAUCGAAUGAUGCUCUUCCGCGUCCGGACUGCACUCAUGCCUCCCCCAAUCAACCCUGAGAUGAUGCAUGGGAUGGUUCCACAGAUUCCACCGCCAAACCCUGCCGAUCUUCAGCAGCAGACUCCUCAGCCCGCAGCACCCCAACAGCCUUAA